AUGAGCUUUAUCUCCUAUAACCAGCACACCAGCAUCAUCAACUUCAACACGGCAGGAGCCAAGCUCGAGCUCGCCAUGUCAUUCCUGCUCGCUGCAGAGAUGAUUCUACUUCGGGUGUCCCCAGGAAACGUACCAAGGCCGAAAUUUUGCGAGUUGCUUCUUCAGUGCCGCAAAGAACACGACUUGUUGUACAAGCAUGUCACAGCCUGGUACUUCUUUACGUCGAUGUGGUACUCCAACGACACUGCUGUCAUCGAACAUGUCGAGAAAUGCCGAGACAUCUUCGUCUUUGCUUUGGCGCACUCGCGUCCCACACAGGACUCUCCACACAUGGAGUCCGAGCGCUGUCAGGAUAGCACUUAUGAGACGCCCGCCCAGCCCCAUCCGUUGGAUGCAUACUUGUUUCUCACCCAGGGAGCUCAUGAGGCGCCUCCCCAGUCCCAUACACUGGAAGCGUACUUGUUUCCUGCGCAGGCAAAUCAGCCUCAAGGCCAAGACGACCACAGCAUUCGUGAGACACAGCCCCAGACACGAGUACGCCAGGGAAGGGCUGGGACUCAGGCUGAGUCUGGAACACCAAGGAUAGCUGUGUCGGGCUCUGCUCGGAUUCACACUCUCAACAUCCAGUUUGGGAACGACAACUACGGACCUAUGGUACAGCGUCUCAAGCCGUCCGAAGGGAGUAAUCGAUGCACGGGAGCAUGA